AUGGCCUCGCCAGGUGGUAAAGACUAUCACCGUCAACAACCCAUGUUGGACGACGAUGAUCUGAUAGAUCCCGACGAUGCCGACCUCAACGACUUUGACGACCCCCUCGGACCCUCCUCCUCCCGCGCACCCCUAACCGGCACCAUCGGCUCCUCCUCGUCCGCCGCCGCCGGCGGUUCCUCCUCCUCCAACACCCAAUCGGCCUGGACCAACCGCAUCCCCGGCGAAGACCGCCGCGCGCCCACCAACACCAUCGACGAGACCGUCUGGGAGACACUCCGCCGCGACCUGCUGGCCGUGUGGUCCAAGAUGCGCGAGGUGCUGUAUCCGCGCUACCUUUUCGGCGGCACCAUGCUCGAGUCCGAAGACGGGCUGCGGGGCGCUUAUGCCAACAUCCGAAACGCCGGUCUGUCGGGGGCGCGAGACGAGUUGACGGGUUUGGCGAGCAGGGUGAUGGACCCCGAAUCUUUGCUGCAGCAGGGGAAUAUGAGUCCUGGGCUGAGGGAUUGGGAUCUUUGGGGCCCGUUGAUCUUUUGCUUGCUGCUGAGCACCCUUCUGAGCUUUAGGAGCAGGGAGCAGCAGAGGGAGAUUGUAUUCAGUGGUGUGUUUGCGAUGGUGUGGAUUGGGGAGGCGGUGGUGACAGCGCAGAUUAAGUUGUUGGGCGGGAAUAUCUCUUUUGCCCAAAGCGUCUGUAUCAUCGGAUAUACCCUCUUCCCUCUCGUCCUGGCUGCCAUGCUCUCCGCUCUCUCGCUGUACUGGAUCGCCAGGAUCCCGGUCUACCUGGUGCUUGUAGGCUGGUCCUUUGCGGCGGGCGUGAGCAUCCUCAGUGGAAGCGGCGUUCUAAAGAAUCGGGUUGGGUUGGCGGUCUUUCCCCUUCUGAUUUUCUAUGUUGCUUUGGGGUGCUUGUGCUUCAUCAGUUAA